AUGUCAGAAGGAAAAAGACGAAAAGGUAAAGAAAAGGCCUUUUCUCCUGGCCCAUCCCGAAGAAAGGCAAUGACACCUUUGCAGCGCCGCGAAACUUCGACGGCGUCGUACCGUAUGGGUAAUCUCACAUCUGGUAGGAAGGCUGUCCUCAAAGAUCUAGGACGCAUCCUUGUUGUACCCCUGGAUUCUUUCAAGUCUGCUACCAUGCCUCCCCUACGUGAACAGAUUAAUAUUUCCAACAUCAAGGCUUUGGCACUGCGGGGAGGUCGGUUCCAGCGACUGCGGGCUGUGUUCAAAACGGACCCAAAGCACUCGGUUGAACAUGAAGAGGAAGCCUUCCAACCACUGUCAAAAAUUUUUACUGCGGUGGUGAACGAGGGAGAGAAAGCUACUGGCCAGAGCCCCAGACUUGCACGCAUUUUUGCAAUGGUGAACAAAAAAAGCAUCGGCACGCCCCUUGGUGUUCAGUCAUGGGAGGACAUUGCAGUGUCAUUUGAAUUUAAAAAGAGCGAUGGAAAUGCAGAACGCGAAGAUGACGAAAAGAGUUCUGUGGAGCCUCCACCAUAUUAUGCGGAGCGACCCAUGUCGCCGGCAGCCACCCUCGUGAGCAUGCCAUUCGAUAUCAUGACCGAGCCGGAGCACCUCAUCUACUUCUUCUGUGCACUCACAUUUGCGGAUGACGACGAACUCGGAUGGGAUCCAACCACACAGAGAGUAGUCGUCGACCAUACGGCCCUUUUCGACUUUUGGUGCUUGAUGGGUCGUGGGACCCGUACCUGGGAAGCAAUUCCCUUGUCUAGGUACGGACACAAGGUAACCGAGCCCCAACCAGUCGUCUUGAAGGAUUCAUGGAAGGACAGUAACCGUGAUCGCGAAGACGCAAUCCGGGAUCAGAUACUUAACGCCAUGGGAGAGAAAAAGGGUGAAGCAGAGAAAUAUUUCCUCAUCGUCGUUGCAGCUGGGGACGUGGUUAUAGGCAGGCUUGGGAUGAAAGACACUACGAUCAGUCUUCUCCGUGGAGCACACCUGCCAGAAAGCCACUGGCAUCAGCUUCGAUUGGACGAAGAACUAAUGGGAAAAAUCGGGACAUCCGUUGGAUUAUACCCUAUUCUUCUAGAUGAGGAUGGAGUUGAGGUUCUUCCCCCUGGCAUCCAACACCGCACCCAUUCCCGUGUGGUCUUUGCAGAAGUCGGGCAAACUAUCUACGAGUUAGGAAGUUUCUCAGCUAGUUAUGAUACUCUCCAGCAUGCUCGUGAAGGGUUACAGUUAAUGCAUGAUAUAGGCUGGGUACACCGUGACGUCAGCCCUGGAAAUGUCUUGCGUGUAGGGGAAUCAGGGCAAAAUAACAGAUUUAAACUAUUCAAAAUACAUGCACUCGGACACCACACACGAUAUCCGUACAAGACAUCUCACUCGAAGAUGACGCUGGAUUUCAUGGCAUAUGAAGUCACGAUGCAAAAAUAUAACUUUCUACCUCAUUCGAAAUAUAAUGAUUCCAUGGAGAGGCCUGGCAAUGUCUUCCAGGCCCCACCGAUGUCAUUUUCAUACAACCCUCUGCACGAUUUGGAGUCUCUCUGGUGGAUUCAGGCGUGGAUGCUCUAUUUCUAUGUCGACCACCAGGUUGGUUAUCGGUCACCGGAUCAGAUAAGAUGGUUUCGUACGCUGUUUCCCGGGAAUCUCCAAGGGCGCUUAGCUGCACUUUCAACGCGCCUCGAGUAUGACAUGCUUCCAACUCCUUUUCAAAAAGCGGCUCGUAUCCUCGAACUCAUGCGUGGAGGGCUUGUAGAUGCUUACGCUGAAAGUGAAGCAGUCAUUCCACCAAAUUAUGACAAGGUGGUUGGCCAACUGCAUUCCUACUUCGCUGACGGUUUGCGACUUUGCGUAGCCUCGGCUUCUGAAGACGUCAGUCUUUUCGAGCCGAAGGUCAAGCGGAAAGCAUCAGAUCGGCCAGUCAAAAUCCAAGACAAAAAGCACCUGAAGGCCUGAACCUUUCGCCGACCCCUAAUUGUUGGUUACCGAGGACUCCCUCCGAUCCCACAUCACUACGACCGUCAAUAUUCUCUAUCACACCACAUACGUCACACGAGAGCUGCGCAUGUCCGAAAUGUGUUUAUUCUCUCCUUUCUCUCUUUCUCCCGUACUGUCGUCCUUCGUUUUUGAAUUAUGAUAUGUAUCGAGCAGUCGAAGCAUAUGAGCGCGUCGACGCGUGGUAAGUACGUUACUCACUAGCUGGCAAUCCACGCGUUGCGUCGCGUCAAUUAAUAGCAUCUGCAAGACGCUGCAGCGCUGAGAAAGAAUCAAGUCAGACUGCCCAAGAAACGUCGGCGAACCUCACACCGAAGAGGGUACCACACGUUCCAAGGACACCACGCCAAUCUAGGCAGACUCAUUGCAUGUGUUUGGCCACGCUACAUAACUUCCU